GGUACAAUAAAGUUAAUUCAUCUCGAAUUCAUUAUAAUAAUCAUAGAGUACUGCAUAGUACUGGAGCAUAGAACUGUAUGUGCACUGCAGACGCCAAGCGCGAGAUGACGCGCUUGCCCGCCAAUCUAAUAAUAAUCCGAGCUGAACACGGCCCACCAGCAUCUAAUUAUCAACAGCAUCUGUCAGCAGCAUCUACCAGCAACGCCUUCCACCGUAGAAGAGUCCUGAUGAGGCAAAUCCACGAACCAUGUACGGCGAACUAGGCAACAAACUGGUCCAACACGCCAAACGCACGCAAUCCCUCGCCUACCUGCCCCCCUACCAAACCGAAAUCGUUCGCUCAGUCGCGCGCGAAGUGCGCGAUCUCGACAAGGACGUCGCACACCACCUCGCCGCCGUCGAGGGCGGCUUCGACCCGUCGUCGCAGCCCGCCGUGGCCUGCGCGCUGCUCGUCGACCACCUGUGCAUGCGCCGCAACAAGCGCUGCCUGCUAGCCUACCACCGAGUGCGCACCGAGAAACUCGAGGAUAUGUGUUGGAAAGGCAUCGACGUGCUCGAGCAACAACAACCAGAGAUCCCUACCACCGGUGCCGGUGGCAGUGCUGGCGAUGACGCCAUUGCGAGCUCUCAAAGCGGGAAUAUCAGCUCGCUCAGCCCCGAGGAGGAGGAGUAUUUCAGGCUGUAUUGCGAUAUACUCGCCGCGCAUAAAGGCCACUGGACGGAUAUCGAUUUGACCGGCAGUCUGGAACCGCCCAAGGAUUUGUUCAUUGAUGUGCGGGUGCUCAAGGAUGCGGGCGAGAUCCAGACGGAGUAUGGUGCCAUCAAUCUCACCAAAAACAGCCAGUUCUACGUGCGGCAGGGAGACGUGGAGCGGCUGAUUGCGCAGGGGUUUUUGCAGCGGUUGAGCUAGGCCUAGGCCUUUUACAAAAUUAAAAUGUUAGAUACCCGGCUCACAACAGUGGGAGUGAGUCCAAUGAGUUAUGAACUCUCGGAAUAUUAUAUUUACUGUAAUCGAGCUGUACGACGCUAGGGCAUGCAGCUAGUAGAUCUCAACCCGUCGCGCAUUUCAGUCCCCGCAGCUGCAGAUAAGACUUGGCUGACAUGUUUCUUUUUGUAAAUAUUUCAUAGCCAAUACAGCAAUAAUAAUGUAAUAAUAUAUU